AUGAUCGUGGGAAGAAGGUUCUGGGGAAGUGGGGAGGCAGCCGAGUGCUUGGGAGCAGGGGGGAGCCCUGAUGUCUCCCCGCCUCCGCCCCGGCCCCCUUUCCCUCAGGAGGAGCGGAUCCGUCGGGGUGACGACCUGAGGCUGCAGAUGGCGAUCGAGGAGAGCAAGAGAGAGACGGGGGGCAAGGAGGAGUCGUCUCUCAUGGACCUGGCGGACGUCUUCACAGCCCCGGCCCCCCCCUCCUCUGAUCCCUGGGGCGGCCCUGGCCCCGCCGCCGGCCCACCCUCUGACCCCUGGGGGGGGCCCCCAGGACCUCCUGUCCCUCCUGCGGCUGACCCCUGGGGGGGCCCAGCUCCCACACCUGCUUCUGGGGACCCCUGGAGACCCGCUCCACCCCCUGGGCCUGCAGCCGAUCCCUGGGGGGGCCCCCCUGCUCCCCCUGCUGGAGAGGGGGGAACCUCAGACCCCUGGGGGGGAUCUGAUGGCCCAGGCGGGGGCCCAGGCAGUGGCCCAUCCACGGCCGACCCGUGGGCACCAACGCCAGCCUUCUCAGACCCCUGGGGAGGAUCCCCAGCCAAACCCAGCACCAACGGCACCCCAGCACCCGGGGGCUUUGACGCAGAGCCAGACGAAUUCUCCGACUUCGACCGCCUUCGGACGACCCUGCCCGUGUCGGGCAGCAGCACUGGGGAGCUGGAGCUUCUGGCCGGAGAGGUCCCCGCACGGAGCCCUGGGGCAUUUGACCUGAGCGGGGUGGGGGGCUCCCUGGCAGAGGCCGUGGGGAGCCCUCCUCCAACGGUGCCGCCAGCCCCCACGCCUCCGACCCGGAAGACGCCAGAGUCAUUCCUGGGACCCAAUGCUGCCCUCGUGGACCUGGACUCCUUGGUGACCCGGCCGGGGCCUGCCCCCCCGGGCCCCAAGGCCUCCAACCCCUUCCUGCCGACCGGAGCCCCUGGCACAGCCACUGGCCCGUCCCUCACCAACCCUUUCCAGCCUCCACCUCCGGCCACGCUCACUCUGAACCAGCUCCGUCUCAGCCCCGUGCCCCCUGGUCCUGGGGCCCCACCAGCCUUCAUCUCACCCCUGGGUGGGGGGCCCGGCCUGCCUCCCAUGAUGCCCCCAGGAUCCCAGCCCCCCAACACUAACCCCUUCCUCCUAUAACCGGGCGGGGGGGAGGGGGAUGCCCGCCCCUCUCACCCACCAGGAGAUCAGUAUUGUGAGUGCAUGUGAAAGGGGGGGACCCUUUCUCCCCCUCCCCCCCAGCCUCAACCCCACCCUGACCCACUCACACUACACCCUCUCCCCGGCCCCCUCCGAAGCCUGGAAACCGGAGGGAGGCUCGGUGAGGGAGGGGGACACCCCUAUCCUGAGGCAUUAGAUGGGGUUGGGGCAUUUGGGCACCCCCUCCCUGAAUUCCCCCAGCCUUGACCCCCCCAUCCCUCCCAAUCAGUGUUUGAGCCCCGAUCGUCCCCUUCCCCCCAGUGACUGUCCCUGGUGAUCACUCUUCUGACUUCUGUAAUAAAUGACAUUUCAGAUGGGCA